AUGCGUCCUAGGCAUAUUGGAAUCUUUAGGAACUCUCUUAUUGGUGCGAGGAGAUCGUGGGCCCCGCGGGCCCUGUUAACCAAGUAUAGGCAGCUUGACACCACGGUCGACCGUGGCGGCUCGGAUAGAAGCAAUAUCUCCGAGACCUGCGAGGAUUGCGACUUGGCCUGCGAAGAUUGCAGCUCGGAUAGAAAGGGUAUCUCCGAGACCUGCGAGGAUUGCGGCCCGGCCUACGAGGAUGGCAUUGACGGGCAGACUCCGCCGAAUUUUCGGCAGAAGUCGUACUCGAAUUUCAUUGAAGUUUGGAAUCAAUCUGAAUCUAAGUUUAUCCAAAACAUCAUUGAAGAGAUUUCAAAAUACGUAUUAAACUGUGUGCCUUUGGAAGUGGCAGAGCAUCCAGUUGGAAUGCAACCUCAAAUACAAGUUAUGAACAAGCUUUUAGAUUUGAGGGAAAAUGAUGUUCGUAUGAUAGGGGUACGGGGAACUGGUCAAAUUGGUAAGACCACAAUUGGUAAAGCUGUUUAUAAUUCAAUUGCCCGCAAAUUUGAAGGUUGUUCCUCUUUGGCAAACGUUAGAGAAAGGUCAACGUCGCAUGAAGGUUCAAUCAGAUUACGAGAGAAUCUUCUUUCUGACAUUCUAAGGGCAGUAGAAUUAGAUGAUGGUGUUAAUUUAAUACAUGAGGUCAAGAUUUUAGAUGAUGAUAAAGCUCUUGAGCUCUUCUGUUGGCAUGCCUUCAAAACAAGUGAGCCUCCUUUGGGUGAUUAUAUGAAACUUGCAGAACUUGCAAUACGCUAUGCUCAAGGCCUUCCUUUGGCUUUGAAAGUUCUCGGUUCUUGUCUAUGUGGUGGAAGUAUAGACAAAUGGGAAGCUGCAUUGGAUGGUUUCAAGAGCAAGAAAAUUCAAGAUGUUCUCAAAAUAAGUUACAAUGCCUUGGAUGAUAUUGUCAAGGAGGUUUUCCUUGACAUCGCAUGUUUCUUUAAGGGUAAAAGUAGAAACUAUGUGAUAGAAACACUAGAAGCUUGUGACCUCAGCCCUAGGUAUGGUAUUGAAGUACUCAUUGAAAAGGCCCUCAUAAGUGUUGAACAUCGAGAUUAUAUUCGGAUGCAUGACUUAUUAGAAGAGAUGGGUAAGGACAUUGUUGAGCAAGAGUCGCCCACUGAAGCCGAAGGACGUAGCAGAUUGUGGUUUCAUAAAGAUAUCGAGCAUGUCCUGACUGAAAAUACACAUUUUAAAAAUUUGGCAUGUUUGAAUUUCACGGGAUCUCAAUUCCUAACUGAAAUCCCCGAUCUAUCCAGCAGCCCAAACUUAAGGUACUUGAAAGCGAAUCGUUGUACAAGUUUAGUCAAUGUUCAUCCAUCUGUUGGACAUCUUGAUAAACUUGAAAUAUUGGAUUUUUAUGACUGCCAUAAACUCACGAAGUUUCCAAGAAAAGUUGCGUCGAAAUCUCUGAUAAUUUUUCGUCUUAACGGUUGCAUAAAGUUGGAGAGUUUCCCAAAAAUUGUGAACAAAAUGGAAUCCUUAUGUUUUUUGGACCUUGAGAGAACUGCCAUAAAAAAGUUGCCUAAAUCAAUUGGACAUCUCAUUGGGCUGCAAGAAAUGAGAUUAUCUGAAAGUGCUAUAAAAGAGUUGCCUGCAUUAGUUGGAGAUCUCAUUGGGCUUAAAAAAUUGGUCUUAUUUGGAAGUGCUAUAAAAGAGUUGCCUUCAUCAAUUGGAAAUCUCACUGCCCUAGAAGUUUUACAGUUAGGUGGAAGUGCUAUAGAAGAGUUGCCUUCAUCAAUUAGAAAUCUCACUGCGCUUCAGCGAUUAAAUUUAGAAGGAUGUGAAAACCUUGCAAAUCUGCCACCAGAGCCGGUCCUGAGCUCUCAAAGGCCUAGGGCGAAAAUCUAA